CUUAUCCAAACGCAAAUCAAACUUUCACUGGCGUGCUUUCCGAAGUUUCAAAGGGUCGGAUUCUGAACGGAGGAUGACAAUGGAGCCAACCGCAGUUGCAUUUUGGCACAAACUGGCUGUUUAACCUCGUUAUUUAAUUUCCAUCCUGUCCAGCCAUCCCAAGGUCUGAGUAAACGGUGGGGAUGGAGCGCGCACUCAGCUCCCCGAGCCCUCUUCUCAAAGUGGUCCAGCACGAGCCCAUCAGCUUCGGCAUCGACCAGAUACUUAGUAGCAGUGCUGACUCAGAGAGCGGCCGGACCAGCAGUGGAGACGGUUACCUUUUGGGGAGCCCGACCGGGGGGAGCGCAGCGUCCUACACCGCGCUGUCCAUCUCCCUCUCGGGUAUGGUACCACAGUUAGAGGAUCAUGGUUUGUACGGAGUGAAGCGCAGCCUGGGCAGCAGAGGAGUGAUCCGGGUGCCCGCUCACAGACCGUUGACGUUCGAGGGACCGCCGCAUGUGGGGAGCGCUGUGCCCGGGUAUGGAGGCCUGUGUUUCCCGUUGGUCGGUUAUAGGUUCGCCAAGGACAGGUUAUCAGCUCUCGUGCCAUUCACGGUGACCCGGCGGAUAGGUCACCCAUACCAGAACCGCACACCGCCCAAACGGAAAAAGCCUCGGACAUCCUUCUCCCGUGUGCAGAUUUGUGAGUUGGAGAAGCGCUUCCACCGGCAGAAGUACCUCGCGAGCGCGGAGCGGGCCACCCUCGCCAAGAGCCUGAAGAUGACAGACGCGCAGGUCAAGACCUGGUUCCAGAACCGCAGGACCAAGUGGAGGAGACAGACAGCAGAGGAGCGGGAGGCUGAGCGUCAACAGGCCAAUCGGCUGAUCCUACAGCUGCAGGCCGACGCCCUCCACAAGUCCUUUAACGAAUCAGCAGGCUUCGACCCGCUGUGCUCACAUAACUCCUCCUUGUAUGCCCUGCAGAAACUCCAGCCCUGGGCCGAGGAGAGGGAGUAGGAGGAACCUGCAGCCCUGGGCCGAGGAGAGGGAGUAGGAGGAACCUGCAGCCCUGGGCCGAGGAGAGGGAGUAGGAGGAACCUGCAGCCCUGGGCCGAGGAGAGGGAGUAGGAGGAACCUGCAGCCCUGGGCCGAGGAGAGGGAGUAGGAGGAACCUGCAGCCCUGGGCCGAGGAGAGGUAGUAGGAGGAACCUGCAGCCCUGGGCCGAGGAGAAGGAGUAGGAGGAACCUGCAGCCCUGGGCCGAGGAGAGGGAGUAGGAGGAACCUGCAGCCCUGGGCCGAGGAGAAGGAGUAGGAGGAACCUGCAGCCCUGGGCCGAGGAGAGGGAGUAAGUCUCCCGUAACCACUGAUCCAGGGUCACAUAUUUGUCCAUCCUUCCCAACUGGAAUUGAAUGAUUUGACCCUAGCUCAGUUGGUAGUGGCAAAGUGGAGAUUAUGGACAGUGUGUGAUGCCCCUUUGAGACUGUGUGGAGACAAGGUGCCGGAUAGCCCUAAUACUACACCCAACCCCUCAUCCUUAGACCUAGAUAGGGCCCAAUCUAUCUACACUAGCCAAGCACCCUUACAGGUGUUUUGACCCCUAUCUGGCCUUGUGUUACAUCCCACACUGUGGCCGUGUUCGAGAGCGUCAAAUCCAUGGUGCAUUGUUGGUAAAUGGUUACUGACUGACUGAUCUACAGAUAAGAAUGAGUAGUUAUUUAUGAUGCAAGGUGAUUUGUAGAUCAGUCAGCACUGUCGGCAGCAACGUGGAACAAGCUCUAUGGCUAAAGACAGAUUGUAGACUCAAGUGACAGGGAACUGAGGGAAGGACAGGAGGAGCCACGUGUGAGAGGUAGAGGGGUAUAGAAGAGAGGGAGGAAGUGGAGAGGUGGAAGAAUGAUGCAUGUAAUGUCGGUAAAGUAUGAAACUAAAACAUCCUCAAAUGUUCCAUUUGUGACUCAUUUCCUAUGAGGAUGUGGGUGUAAAUGUAUCGUCAUUUGUACUUGGGAUGUAGAUAUGUAAAUGCCGAUAUACACUCUUCACUUGAGAACCCUUCAUUUGUUGCCUGUGGUGUUAGACACGGAUGGAAAGCUUUGUUUUACUCAAAGAAGACAUAUCAAACGUCACCAUUUUUUCGGAGAAGUUUGUUAAAUAUCAUUUUGUAGCACAUUUGAAUACACUGAUGUUUUCUGUGAGAUAACUGUGAGGAAAGGGAUUUUGUAUUUUCUUGUCAGUAAGUCUUCACAUUGAUUAGGCUAUUGUCAUCUCUCAUGGCUUUAUUCCUGUAUUCUCAGCGACAAGGUCUCUUUCUCUCUCUCUCUCUUUGGUCACAGUGAGUGGUUGGGUAUUGUCUUGAGAGUUGUUACUGUACAGUCGUAAUAUCCCACAUAAGAAUACACUUCAAAAUGGGACUUGCAAUAACUUCCUACCACUGUAUAUGUCUAUCAUAGGCCACAUAACAUCCAAUCCAGGCUCUGUGGGCGGGAUGUCGUCUGGCCAUGACUUAGAUUGACAGACAAAGAGACCAACCACGACACAGAUGAAAAGAGCUCAUUGCAGACAGAAAGAUAGAAGCCCAAAACACUAUGACACAAGUCACCACAACACCAAAAACAUUGAAUAACACUAACACACAUUC